UGCUGGGAGGGCGGUUGCCUUGGAAACCGUGGCCAUGGCGGCCCCGGGGCGGGUGAGCAGUAGCACCGGUCCUCGCGAGGAACCGGCUGGCUCUACAGAGUCGUCGGAUGCUACCCGGACGCCAGUGCCCACCGUGUCCCCCGUAUCCCCCGAGCUACCCGUCUCGCCCGGACAGGGUGCGGAGCCGCUGGGCAAGAACCUGUGGGAGCAGAUCUGCGAGGAGUAUGAAGCUGAGCUGCCUCCCUUUCCAGAGGGAUGUAAAGUCAAACCAGAAGGUAUGAUUACUGUUUCACCAUUGGAGGAAAUGAUUUUCCAUGGCUUCAAUACAGAGCACCUUUAUUCAACUCCUCAUUUGACCACGGACUCACAUGUACCCUGUCCUCAAGUUAAGUUGGAAAAAAUCCAUCCAAAAACAUGUUCCCCCAAGGAAUAUUUGGAAACAUUCAUCUUUCCAGUUCUGCUUCCUGGAAUGGCUAGCCUGCUUCACCAAGCAAAGAAAGAAAAAUGUUUUGAGAGAAAAAGAACCAAAUUCAUUGCCUGUGAUUUUCUGACUGAGUGGUUAUACAAUCAAAAUCCAAAGAGGAUAGGGGAGUCUUUCACGGAAUUCUUCUCCAUUCCAUUUGUGGAGCAGUGGCUGAAGCAUCACCCACGGCCGGCAAUGCCACUCUCCCUCCUGCUGACAGAAGGAGAGGCAGCGCUGAUCAUUCAGUCCUUCUGGAGAGCCUAUCUGGUUCGGUGUGAUCCUGAGAUUCAAGAAUUGCGUCAGUGGCAGAAGAAACUGCGUGAAGACAACCACAUUCACCAGCAAGUCAAGAUUUUCUGGGCCAAACAAGAACAGAAAGUUACCUGUCUUCCUUGUUAAAGUAUAAGCUUCAUGAGGACAAAGACCUAACCUAGUACAGCACCUGGCAUAAAGUGAGUGCCAAAUAAGUAUUGGUUGAAUGAGUAAGUGAGUGAAUAAAUGAAUGAAUGGGUAGAGUCCUGAGGCUUAAAUGAGCCAGCAUACAGACAGUGCCUGGUGCAGAGUAAGAGCUCAUCAAAUUGGCGGUUUUAAAGAUUUGCUACCAUUUAACCCUUGCUAAGAAGCAGCUUGAGCUGUAAACUGGCAGGAUCAGCCCAGGCCUCUCUUCUGUGCACAACUGCCGUUUCAUUUCACUUCAAAAUUGGAAGACAAUCAAGGCUGUAAUCAGUUUAAAGGUCAGGGAAAGUGCAGCGUGCCUAUUUAGUUCUGUUGUUUCUUAUUCUUUUGAGUUGAUUUGCUGUUGGUUGACAGAUUGAUUUAGCUUGCUGUGUAGCAGAGAGAGCAGACGGGAUUUGAUGUGUGUAACCCAGCCAGCAGUGGAGGGGCAGAGUGAAAGCAUUACCAUCACCACCACCCGCCCAUCUCAGCCACCUGCUGCUCGUGUCCCUUGUGGCCUUUCCAGGGCUCCAGAAGGAGCAGUCCUUUCCAGGCAAGAUGGGGUUCAGUAAAUGCUCCAGUGGGAAUUCAUGGGUAAAUUUUCCACUUACAAUUAGACUGUGAAAUGGCGCUUAGGU